AACAUACAUAUUACGAAUUAAUAAAAUUUAUACAAUUAAUAUUGCAUUUGUUAAAUAAAUACACAAAUCUAGCACAUGGCAGCACGAUUUCAAAGUCGCCUAUUUUACCGUUUCUACAGACUGUCAUUUUAAAUUUACCUUUAUACGUGUUUAAUUACACAAUUCGUUGUAUUAGUUUUAAAUAUUUUUCUUAACAUUAUAAAAUAAAAUAAUUAUAAAGAGCGUCUUGAACGCUUUGCAAUGACAACCGCCGAUAAACAUAUGCAAAACUUAGCGAAAGCUCUUCUAGUUGAAGAAGAGACAAGAAGCUAUCUGGAAAAGGAUUUCGAAAUAAUAAGAGCUUAUGUCAUAGAUAUAUUGAAAAAAGAUCCAAUAAUCGGCAAAAUGCUAAUAAAUACAAAAUAUCCUGCUAGUAACUUUAAUUGUUCAGUGGUAUUGGAUCUAUCACACUUUAUAACACUUGGUGCAAUUAAAACGAAAUACCCAUCGUUCAUACGAUUAGUUCAACGUGGACGAAAUAGAGUAGAUGGCACGGAGAAAUUGCCAUUCUUUAGUACUGGCGAAAACAUUGCUGGUGGUGUCAUAACCAAUAUCGUAAAGGGGCUCUUAAAGCAGGGUUUAGAUUUUAGUGGUUAUUUUGUGCGUGGUCACUUGGGCGAUAUUUACGAACUGGAUUUGAACGAUGAAAAUAAAAACGUAAAUAACCAGAGUUAUGAUGGUAGGGACGGUGAAUGGCAAAAUAAUUAUAUUAUGCUAAAAGCGUGUAGCGAAGAGAUUACACUGAAUAUACGUUUACGUGUUUUAAUAAAAUUUUGCAGCAACGAAAGUCCAAAUGAUUUAUAUCCACAUCCGACGCACAAUUUAAAAAUGAUUUGGUUAGCCGCUGCCGAUGUACGUUAUAUAGAAUACUUUUCACUGUGCGCACUAUUAAGUGAGCGUGAAUUGGCUUCGUCACCAGACAAUUUGAUCGCAUUGCGUCUAUUACACUCACUGAUGGUUGGCAGUAAAAUAUAUGCAAUUAAGAAAAAUCAUUUGGAAUCAAUUACCUAUGAAUUGAUAUAUACAAAAGCACCUAAAGGUACACAUAAACCAAAGGAAACUGUGCUUGAUAUUUUAAUUGCAAGUCUACGACGCAUAUUAUAUUAUUUGGACAAAAAUCGCUUUCCGUACUAUUGGAACACUAAAGAAAAUCUAUUGUUUCUCAUACGAAAUCAUGAUAGACUAUGGCAUACACACAGGUGUUUGCGCAUAUUAUUGACUAAUAUAAGCAGCAUGCGUGGCAAUACCGGAGUGACAUAUGAAGAUAUUGAAUCCUUUUUUGGUGUACAGACAAACGCAUAUGUGUACAAUGUGGAUGAUUUUGGUGUUUACAGAAAUUUUUCUAACAAUGCGUAAAUAAUUUUACGCUAACAUUGAACUUUUGAAACCAUAAAUAUUUAACCUUAGAACUUCGUUUUGAUAUCAAAUAUUCUCAUUUUUUAUAAUAAUAAUGCUGAUAAAAUGCAUUUCUUAUUUUUAGUACAGGAAGUAUAUAUUCGUAUAUAUCGUAUAUAUAAAUGCCACAUUUAUGGCUUGGAUAUGUACCCACAUGACUUUAUAUACGAAAGUGUUUUUCGUACAAGAUAUUGCUUGUUAUUAUAUGCCAAACACUUUGAAUUAAUAAAUUCAUGAUUUUCGUUAUAUAAA